AUGUCCUCAUGCGUCACUAUUCUUCGAACAUCUCUCAUCUUCCAACUUCGAACAUCUCUCAUCUUCCAACCGAUUCACAUGAAUCUUAGGGUUGAGCUCUUUGUGCUUUUUGUUUCACCUGAGCGGUUUUUGAAUAAGGAGUUUCUGUCUGCUAUCUCUGCUGGGUCAGCUGUCUCACUCGUUGUUAUUGACGAAGCACAUUGUAUAUCUGAAUGGUCUCACAAUUUCCGACCUUCAUUCAUGAGACUUAGAGCAUCACUACUUCAUAGAAGUCUUAAUGUAGGUUUUGUUCUCGCAAUGACAGCAACUGCUACAACCACAACCUUAGAUGCCAUCAUGUCUGCCCUAGAUAUUCCUUUUACAAAUCUUAUUCAGAAUGCACACUUAAGGGACAAUUUGCGUUUGUCGGCGUCUUUGAUAAAAAAUAGAAUGAAAGACCUACUGGUUCUGAUAAAGUCUCCUCCUUUUGCGGAUGUUAAAGGCAUCAUAGUAUACUGCAAAUUUCAGUCUGAAACUGAUCAAAUUAGCAGAUACUUGAAUGAUAACAAUAUCUCGGCAAAGAGUUAUCAUAGUGGUAUUUUUGCAAAGGAACGUGGCAACGUACAGGAGUUGUUUGCUUCAAACAAGAUCAGAGUGGUUGUUGCAACUGUGGCAUUUGGUAUGGGACUAGAUAAAAGAGAUGUUGGAGCAGUAAUUCAUUACAGUUUACCUGGAAGUCUGGAAGAGUAUGUACAGCUUAAAUGGCUGGCAGAGGAUAUGGACGAGGACGAGGACGCGGCGGAUUUCAAAAUUAUGCACGACCAGAGCCAUUUGUACUUUUUCCCGAGGAGAAGGGUCUCUAUGGACAAUGAUAGUUGCCAUGAUUGUACAUUGAUCAAGAUUGAUAGUGUCAAUAAACCAGGAAUUCUGCUGGAAGUCGUACAAAUCCUAACAGACCUUGACUUCAUAAUCACCAAAGCUUACAUAUCUUCUGAUGGUGGAUGGUUUAUGGAUGGGAGUUAUGCCAGAUGGUAA